UGAGACACAAACAGACCCAAAGUCACUAAAGGAGGAGAAGCAAGAACUGAAAGAAAAGGAACAAACAUGCUUUCAUAACUGGAGAAAAUCUUUUAGUUGCUCUCAGACUGAAAAGACUUUGUCACGACAACGAGCUCAGAAGACUAGAAGUCAUUUCACCUGCCAACAGUGUGGAAAGUGUUACACUAGUAAAGGAAGUCUUAAUGUCCACAUGAGAGUUCACACAGGAGAAAAGCCUUACACGUGCAAACAGUGUGGAGAGAGUUUCAAUCGAUCAGCAAGCCUUAAAAUCCACAUGAGAAUUCACACUGGAGAGAAACGGUUUACUUGCCAGCAGUGUGGAAAGAAGUUCAGUCAAAAAGGACACCUUAUUAACCACAUGAGAAUUCACACUGGAGAGAAACGGUUUACUUGCCAGCAGUGUGGAAAGAAGUUCAGUCAAAAAGGACACCUUAUUAACCACAUGAGGAUUCACACCGGAGAAAACCCAUUCACCUGCCAACAGUGUGGAAAAAGUUUCAAUCGAAAAGGAAACCUGACAGUCCACUUGAGAAUUCACACUGGAGAGAAGCCUUUCAAAUGCAAACAGUGUGGAAUAAGCUUCACUCAAAAAGCAAGUCUUAAUGCCCACGUAAGAAUUCACACUGGAGAAAAGCCCUUUGUAUGCGGUCGGUGUGGAAAGAGUUUCAGAUUUAAAGUAGCCUUUAAUCAGCACAUGAGGAUUCACUCAAGAGAGAACGGUUUUAUAUGUCGUCAGUGUGGAAGGAGUUUCACAGACAGGAAACACCUAAAGAAUCGUGUAAGAAUUCACAUCGAAGAAGACUGUCUUUUACCAUCACUGUGGAAAGAGCUUUGCACUUAAGCACUCAGUGGAGGCUUCUCAGGGGAGAGAGAAGUGUCUUCUGUGUGAAAGGAGUUUCACAUAUCAUAGACAUGAAAACCCAUUGGCAAACUCAUUCUGGACAGAAAUUACAGACGUUUUGAACGUGAAAAGAGGUUUACAAAAAAAAAUCACCUGCACAUGUAUCACAAUAAAAUUCUUUUUCUGAUGCAUAUGGAAAGUCAUGCAUAUGAGAGACCCUAUUCUUGUUCUUUUUGAGGAAAGAGUUUUAAAUGGCUCAGCGAUCGGACAAUUAAGUAUCUGUGUGAAAUCAAAGCUAUGAAUGUGCCCCAAAUGCAGAUACUCCAGGUUCCUAAAAGUAUCCCCCAUCCUCCACCUCUUUUUACUUUGUCUUGAAGGUUUUUCUUUUCUUUUGUCAUGUUCGUAUGAAUGCAUGUGGCCACACAGUCCAUCUUCUUUGCUGUAGUCUCAAAUUAUUGAGCAGUUAUGGUAGAUGGCAUAUGAUAAAUUUGAUUCAGGAUAAUACUUUGAAAUUAAUAAAUCGCCAGUGUUGGGGAAUCUACCUUGAAACUGUAGCUUAUCAAGCUACAAGCUACUCAUAAAUUAAAAUAGUUAAGCUACAAUCAAGCUACCCUUCUGAAAAAGUAACUAGUUACACUACAAGUUACUACCAAAAAGUAGCUAGCGACAUUGAAACUUUUU